GUGGUUUACCAUCAAUAAGAUAAGUGGAAUUAAUUUGUUUUAGUUUUUUUGUCACUCUUAAUAACUGACAUUUUUCUGGGUGGAAAGACAUGCUCCAAUUUGAUUCCCAUUUCUGUAAAUCAUCUAAUUCUCUUUGUAAAAUUUCUGUGUCUUGUGUUGUUUUUAUUGUACUAUAUAUUAUGCAAUUAUCUGCAAAUAAUCUGACUUUUGUUCCUGAACUAAUGCAAUUUGGUAAAUCAUUUAUGUAAAUUAAAAAUAGUAGUGGACCUAAAACUGUUCCUUGUGGUACACCUGAGUUUACUGUUAUUGGUGUUGAUUUAGAGCCAUUUAUUAUUACAGUUUGCUGAAAUAUUUUAGUUUUUUUAAGCAAACUAUGGUUGUGAACUUUGUCAAAAGCCUUGGAAAAAUCUAGUAAGAUAGCAUCUAUUUACCCUACAAGUAACAUUACCUCACUUUAAAAACAAAAAGAAAAUUUUGUCACAGCUUACCACUUGUUUGACAUUAAAAUAAAUAUCAGGACAUAAUCAUGCAUUUCUGUUGAAAAUGUGCUUCAUGCAAAUAACUCAAAUAAGUUGCAGCCAUUUUAUUGAGAAAUUUUCCGUUUUUGUUAUUUGACCUUGACAGCAUAUAAUCAUGGACAAUACUAUUAAAGAUCAAUUCAGGGCCACCAUACUUGGUCAGUGUGUAGGGGAUGCCAUAGGUCUUCUUACAGAAUUUUUAACUAAAGAUGAGGCGAAAAAGUAUUAUGGUAGUAAGCCUAAGACACUGGAAUAUUCUCAGAAAGUUCCAGAUUUUCACCGAAGUAGAUGGUCAGAAGGGGACUGGACUGAUGAUAGUGAUCAUAUGAUUCUUAUAUUGCAAUCAUUGCUGUAUUGUAAAGGACAGGUGAAUGUUUGUGACUUUGCGUUUAGAAUCAAACGUUGGAUGAAAAAUGGUUUCCCAGAACUUGGUGAUCUUGGUGGAAUGGGUAUAGGAGCAACAACCCAUGCCAUUUUGAAUCAUCCAAAUUUUAUUUUGGAGCCUCAGAAGAUAGCCAAUGAAUGUUGGGAAAGAAGUCAGCGGAAUAUAGCACCCAAUGGUGCUGUCAUGAGAACAUCCAUCCUUGGCUUACAUCAGUGGGAAGAUUUGGAGGCUGUCAGAAAAAAUGCCAUUGAAAUUAGCAAGACAACACAUGCUGAUCCUAGAUGUCGGGCUUCUUGUGUGGCAGUGAGCUGUGCCAUUGCCCUCAUGUUGCGACACACACAGACAAACCUCUCUAGAAAUAAACCUGUUGCACUGAAUGUGGAGGACAUUGUUCAAGAAGCUUACAACCAGGCUUGCUUGGUGCUAGAAAAAGUUGAACAGAAGACAGAACUCCAUUUUUAUAUGAACUGUAGAAAGCUGAAAAAACUUCAGUUAUCGGAGCAUGGAAAGAUAGGCUACACUUAUAAAUGUUUAGGCUCAGGUUUCUGGGCUCUCAGACAGGAGAAUUUCCAGAAGGCAAUUAUUAAGCUUGUCAUGGAAGGAGGAGAUGCUGACACCAAUGCUGCUGUAGCUGGGGCGAUGCUGGGUUGUAAACUUGGACUAACUGCUAUGCCAGAAUCUUGGGUGACUGGUCUCAAGCACAAGGAUUGGCUUGUGGGUUAUAUUGACAGAUUCCUGAAACUGCAAGAAGAAAUGAAGCUACCAUUAGAUGAAAGAACCUCACAUGAUGAUUUGGAUUGUAAAGUUUUGGAAGAUUCAGAUAAGAGACGAAAGGAGAAGCAGCUCUAAAAACAUAGUCUCUCUGAUAGUGAAACAGAAUAUUUAGAUUUCAUGAAUUAUAUUUUUACAGAAUUUAUAUUUUAGGAGGAAACAAUUCAAAUUAAUCCUCAUUGUAAUUUAUGGUGGGACAAACCUAAAAAUUUUGUUCAAUUUGUCACAGGUUUCUUUAUAAAUCUGCUCAAUCAUCAGUUACCAAACAAUUUUGUUACACUCGUAGAGUUAAAUGGGAUUCAUUGACCUUUAAUUGUGACAUUAAAUUUGUGGUUGUCUUUGUCCAUCUAUGUUACCCUUGAAGUAUUGGCUGUGAUGGCCAGCUGUUAUUGCACUUAAAGGUAAAAUGAAGGUGCUGAUUUAAAUCCUGUUGAUUCAAGUGUGGUCAUAAUUCUGCCUACCUCUUCUUUUUUAUUAUUUAAAUAAAAAUAAUUACUCUCUAUUCUAUGAUUUUCUGUAUAUAAAUAUAUAUAUUUCAUGAUUUUUAUACCAUAGUUCUGAUGGUACUAGUCAUCCUUUUGGAUUCUUCAUAAGACUGAAUAGCAAAGUUGCUAAAAUCACACACAAAUUUUUUUUAAAUGUAUUUAUUUUUAUUAAUGUGUUUGGUUUUUUGUUAAAAUAUUAUUUAGUUAAUUAACUUAAUUCUUUUUUAAAUAACUGUGAUGCAUGUUUUUAUUUUGAAUGAACUUAAUUUUGUUGAUUUGAAACUGCUGACUAAGAAAAUAAUUUAUUUUGAACUAUUAAUUUGGACAUGUUUUUCCAAGAUUUGAUUUUAUCUUUUUCUAUUAUAUUUCAACCUUAGCUUUUAUAACAUUUGAUUUUAUAUUGAUAUUACUGCUCGUGUAAAUUUAUUUUAUAAACCUAGUAAAAAGUGAUAACUAACUUAAAAGUGCACAAGUUUGUAAAACCACAGAUCAACUAAACUAAAUGCUCACAAGUCAGCCCAAAAUUAACUGCUCUCAAGUCAACUAAUUGCUGUUGAAAGUAAAAUAAUGUUAAAUAACUUAAAAAAUUAUCAUAUGAGGGUAAAAUAUUACAGCAUACUUCUAGGAAGUUUUCCUGAUUGAUUAUUUACUUGUUACUGAAAAGGUUAAAAUUUAUUUUUUAAAAAUACCAUCAUUAGUAACCCUAUGAAACUUUAAAAAAAAAUGCUUUGGGAAAAUAAAAUGCUAAAUUAUAAUCACUAAUUCUUAAGAAAUACUAUUUUGUGGAUAUCUUCUUAAAAUUUUUUGACACAUUAUAUGAAUA